AACAAGAGGAUGGGAGGCAUAACUGACGUCAGCAUCUUGAGCACGAACCUCCGCAGUACCUUGAUCAGCUAUUAUGGCAUUAAGGAGGACGAAUGGCAGGUGGCAAAGAAAACAAAAGAUGUAACAGUAUGGAGAAGACCUUCUGAUGAAUUCAGUGGAUAUCUGUAUAAAGCUGAAGGAGUAGUGAAAGACAUUCCCAAGAGAACAGUAGAUUACAUUCGUCCCGGACCUUACCGGUUAAAUUGGGAUAGUUUGAUGACCACUAUGGAUAUAGUUGAAAAAUUUGAUCAGCAAGGGUGUUGUAUAAUGCGCUAUAUGACAGCAGGGCAGCUAUGGAACAUCAUUGCACCCAGAGAGUUUGUUGACUUUUCCUACACCACAGACUAUGAGAAUGGUCUUUUAUCUUGUGGUGUUAGUGUUGAACAUGGAGAGUCUGGCAGGAAUUGUGUACGCGGCUUCAAUCAUCCCUGCGGAUGGUUCUGCAGGCCAUUGGAGGACAACGUGAACCACAGCCUUUUGACAGGCUUUAUUCAGACUGAUCUCCGAGGCAUGUUACCUCAGUCUGUGGUGGACUCUGCCAUGGCCAGCUCUUUAGUGGGCUUUUAUACAGACUUGAGAAAGGCCUUGCAGAUGUAGCAUGUACUUUUCUGGAGGUUACUCCAUGUAUCCUUCUACAUUUCCAGCUCAGGGUAGUAUAUUCAAUGUAGGUAAUCCAUUUUUUCUGACUCCGUUAUCAUAAGCAUGAGCAUAUCCUUUGUAUGAACCUUGAAACGUCUAUGCAUUUAUUCUGUUUAAUUUACACUCAGAGUUGAAAUUAUUUAAAAUGAUACUCUUUGGGAAGUACUUAAUGCUCCUGCCUCACGGCCCUAGAGAACCAAGUUGAUUUCUAGCCUUGUCGCUGUCUGUAGGAAGUUCACACCUUCUCCACUUGUUUGUAUGGGAUUUCUGUGGAUGACCUUCUCGGAAUUAUGAAUAUUGUGUUAAGUAAUAACUCUGGUUUGACCUGGUGAGUGUGUGUAUGAUUGACUGGCAUCCCAUUUGGUGUAGUUUUCUGCUUUGUUCCUAAAUCUUUAAUGUUAAAUCUGCUAUGUGGUUUUGUCCCCUGAGGUUAAAUUAGAUUGAUCUAAAUUUAGAUCCUAGUGAGGACUAGAUGAUAUUAAGAUAUAUCUUUAUAUGGACUUGGUGAUAUUAA